GCGUUUACAAAUGUUUAGAAUAUUCUUGACCGCGUAACGGCGUAGACUUGCAUUGUGUCCAAUUUAUAAAAAACAACAAUGGCCAGCUAUGACAGUAGCAUUGAACAAGAAAAAAAGAAGUAUAGUAGUAGAAGGACUACGGGUACAAAGAGUAGUCAAGAUAUAGCUUAUAAGCCAGUUUGUCGUCGCAGGCGAAAAACAAAACAUACACUGAAAGCUUACAAUGUACAUAAGGAUCAAACAGAUUAUGUGACAGAUGAUGGUAGAAAUGAUUGUGAAGAUGAAAUAUCUUUGAGUUGUAAAAGUAAACAGUAUGAACAUGAAAAAGGUAGGAGGUUAAGUGAAGGAAAUAAUACCCCAAAGGAAACAUUUGUUGAAGGUGAUGCAAAUUCAGGUAUUAUUUCAUCAAGAGUGAAGGACAAGCAUGUUUCAAAGGAUGCAUUAAGAAUAGCUAAUGAAUAUCAUAAAUUAGAAAAACGUUAUAAAAACAUUCAAGAAGAAUGUCAAAAGUUAGGUAGUUUAUUAGAGCAAAGAGAAUUGGAGUAUAGAAGGGUAUGUUCACACUAUGAAGCAUUGAUGCAAAUGGUUCAGGAACUAGAGGAAGCAAAAGUUGUUUUAGCCAAGCAAAAUCAGAAAUUAGAAACAGAGAAGGUUCAGUCAAAUGAAGAUAUAACACUUUUAAAAAGUAUUGUUUAUCAGUUAAAUACCGAAUUAGAGAGAUAUCAAGACAAAUUAAGAGACCCAAAGCAUGAAAAUGUUUCUGUACAUGUGGGAAGUAGAGAACAAAAAUAUGAUGAUAGGGUUUGGGGAGGUAUUAAGUUUCAUGCAUUAGGUCCACUUUUGAAUGCCUAUCAAGAAAAUUUAUCAGAAAAACAAGAGCUGGUACACAUGUAUGAAGGGGAAAUGGCUGAUUUUGGAAGCAGAUGCAAGGAAAUCCUUACAGAAAAUGAGCUUAUGCACAAAGAAGUGGAAGAAUUGAGAUCAGAGUGUGAUAGAUAUGCAAAAGACAUUAAAACAUUGGUUGAAAAUACUGCAUCGCUAAAAAAACAUCACGAUAUUCUAAAAAAAGAAACUGUUGAUAUAAAAAGAGAAGCUAAUGAUAUUCGUUCGUCGUACGAAUUAAAAAUGGAAGUUAUCUUAAGGCGUAAUGAAUUGUUAAAAAAGGAGCAUACGACCAUCGCGACAGAAUUGAGCAACCUUCGAGGGAAGUAUGAAAUUCUAAACAAAGAAUUUGAAAAAGUAAAAAGUAAAGAACAACAAACAGUGCCUACUAUUGUUCAUACUACCGCGAUUGAAGAAUGUAAGACGUUGUUAGACGAAUUAAAAUGUCAAUAUGAAAAUGAAAAACGAAAUCUUUGUAAUCAUAUAAAACGUAUAGAAGAGAUUCAGCCGGAGAAUGAGAAACAGCUCAUAAUGGUUAUAGCCGAAAGGAAUCAUUUAAAGGGUCUUGUUGAAAAUCAUGAAACAAAUUUGAAACGUACGCAACGUAAAAUUGAGCAAUUGCAAACACUUGUUUGCUCGACUCGUGUGUCACGUAAUUCUUUGAAGGAGCAAUUAGGCAAAGCGACUACCUAUUGCGAAGAAUUAUUUUCGGAGUAUGAAAGAAUUGUUUCAGACCGGGAAAAAUUGCUCACUCUUUUACGUGAAACGGAAAAAGAAAAUGCUAAUAUGGAUCGUCUUGGAAAAAAUAUUACUAGUCGUAUGGAGGGUUUAAAAAAGCAACUAGAAAUUGUUCGAAAAGGUACGAAACAGCAAGUAGACUCUGUUGAAAAACGUGUCAAGUUACAAGAACUUCAAAUGCGUCGGAUGAAAAGCGACUAUCGUAGUAAAAUAGAACAUUUAAAUAACAUAAUUAAACAGAAAGAAGCUAUUAUUGAAAAGUUACAGCCUAUGAACGAUGAGAAAUCUAGGAAGUUGCAAGAUUGA